AUGAAGAGGUUCUCUAAUCCGUCGAAUGGAAAGGCAGCCCAUAAAUCGUCAUCGACGUGGAAAUUUUGGUUGAAAGCUCUGAUUCGAGUGCUUGCAGGGAGUGACGCCGAUCUAGCAGUAUCCGUUCCCCACGACAGGCCUUACCGCCAAUUGUGGCUUGCUGCGGCCGCUGUUGGCCGUGAUACGUGCUCCGGCAACUUGGUCCGUGAAAGAAAAAACUCCAUUGACAUUGAUGAGGAGAGCUACCUGGCUGCCCCUCAUCGAGACGAACCACCGACACACCAUAUCAAACUUUUCCACCCCCGCCCACGGAGCCUUGUCGGUGAUUUGUAUAGUGUCCGAAUUGCGGAUAAAAUCGAUAAAAAUCGACAAAAUCUGGAUCCGAUUGCUGACACCUUGUAGGUGAUCUGGAGAUGGAGGACUUGAGUCCGUCUCUGGAGAGGUGAUUGGCAAAGGUGUCUUUUGGUCACUGGCGGAGGUCUUUUCCGACCUGUCGAAUCACGGCAGGCAGCAGUGUGAAACUGUGCGCAAGCGUCUUGGAAGUUGGUUGUGCAUUGCAGGGUGCGGACGCCAUCGCCUGAAUCACGGAUGAUUUUCUGACCACCAGUAAUGCUGGACGUUGGAGGGUGAGGAGACUGAGGAGUGUUAACAUCCUAGAACCAACAACCAAUGCAAUCCCAUUCGCCACUACUGCACUUAGCUUCUUGUUAUUCACAUCGCCGACCCAACUUCAUCACUCGGGGAAUCUGUGACGAUAUUGACGAGCUAGGGUCUUGAUUCUUCUAGCCAUAUUCGCACACUUUAUGGUUGCAAACCCUCUCAAUAAAUCCCGACUGGCAGGGUUUUACCUUGCACUUGUAAACGCCUUUCUCUCCAGGAGGCGUGCUAUCGAUAUUAUUAAAACUACGAGAAACAACCAUGAAUGCUACCCCUGAAGCACUCGAUACGAGAACCAUACAUAAAUCGAUGCCUGCUUGGUUUCUCCGCACAAACAACAAGGAAUGAUGCUUCCUCGGCAGAAACACACAGUGAGGGA